CUUAGAUCUGGCGGAGGGAUGAUCGCGGGAUUGAGCGCGGAGGAGGCGCGGGCCAUCUCCAGGAUAAAUGUGGGCGCCUCCGCCUUCUCCUUCGCUGGAUCCUUCUUCAUCGUCGCGUGCUUCCUCCUCUUCAAGGAGCUUCGCAAGUUCUCAUUCCGCCUCGUCUUCUACCUCUCGCUCUCUGAUAUGUUUUGCAGCUUCUUCAAUCUCUUAGGUGAUCCUGGAAGACGAGGCUUCUUGUGCUACAUGCAAGGCUACUGUACGCAGUUCUUCUCGGUGGCAUCGUUUCUAUGGACGACCGCCAUCGCGUUUACGUUGCAUCGAACUGUGGUGAGGCACAAAACAGAUGUGGAAGAGCUCGGUCCAAUCUUUCAUCUUUACGUCUGGGGAGCUUCUCUUAUCAUGACUGUUCUUCCAUCUGUGGGAACUGACUAUGGCGAAGUUGGAGCUUGGUGCUGGGUGCAGACCAAAGCCGGAGAGGUCCUUCGGUUUAUAAGUUUCUACGUUCCCUUGUGGGGGGCCAUCUUGUUCAAUGGUUUUAUUUAUUUCCAAGUUACUCGUAUGCUCAACUAUGCGAGCCGUAUGGCUGCUGGCAUGUCGGAUCGACAGCGCCAAGUGGAGAUAAAAGCCGAUCUUAAGAUUAUGAACAGGCUGGGAUACUAUCCUCUGAUUUUAAUCGGUUCCUGGACGUGUGGGACAAUGAAUCGCAUCCAAAGCUUCAUUGCUCCACAGCGUCCAGUCUUCUGGCUGUGCUUGCUGGACGUAGGCACUGCCUCUCUCAUGGGCCUCUUCAAUUCCAUAGCAUACUGGCCAGAGCAGUACAGGUGGUCUAAGCUGCGAGGCUUUGCCGAAAGCGAAAUGACUCCAUUGAGCUCGUCUGACCCAGGGUCUCACCUGUAA